UCUACUUUCAGUUUUGUGGCCUUCAUCAUGUUGCAUUCAACACAGGUAUUAUCGUUACUGGCCAGGGAUCGGAUUUAUCGUUGAAAAUAACACCUGCCUUCAUGGCAUAAAGAUUUUUAAAGGAUUAUAAGCUGGCUUAAGAUAUGGUUGGAUUCCGACCACAGGAAGGUGUCCAGCUGACAGCCACAGAGCAUGCUUCAGCUGGAGCUCUAAGUGGGGCUGUGUCAAGGGUCGUGUUUCAGCCCCUGGAUGUCCUCAAAGUCAGAUUUCAGUUGCAAAUUGAGCCCAUUCAACGCAGGGACUCCUCAAAGUAUUGGGGAAUGUACCAAGCUACUAGGACCAUCAUUAAGGAGGAAGGUGUCAGAGCUCUAUGGAAAGGACAUGUCCCUGCCCAGAUUUUGUCUGUUCUGUAUGGAGUAGGACAGUUUGUUAGUUUUGAGUUCCUGACCAAAUUAGCAUGGAAGCAUCUGCCCGAGGAAUACUCUACAAAGUACCGCCCACUGACUCACACUGUAUGUGGAGCCCUGGCUGCCUGCACAGGCACUAUGUUAGCUCAACCCACUGAUGUUCUACGGACACGCUUCAUUGCUCAAGGUUCUGUCAAGACAUACUCAGGGUUGCUGUCAGCGAUAAAACAGAUCAGGCAGGUCGAGGGGAUUCACGGCUUAUACAAAGGUCUCAACCUGGCCGUAAUACAGACAAGCUUCCAGAUAGGGAUACAGUUUGGGUUGUAUUCUAGUCUCUCCUCGGUAUGGCAGUGGAUGGAACACAGACCCCUUGGAGGGCCAUCGGGUGUAGCACAAAGCCUGGUGUGUGGAGCUGCUUCAGGAGUCAUCUCUAAAUUUAUUGCUUACCCUUUGGACAUGACAAAAAAAAGACUUGAAAUUAGAGGUGUGGAGCACAUACGCAAGGAAUUCGGCUCAACGCGGGCAUACCGAGGGUUUAUACAUUGCAUAGUAUGUGUUUUUAGAGAAGAAGGCAUUAGAGGGAUGUACAAGGGUCUGUCACCCAGUCUCCUCAAGGCAGGCUUCAUGGCCGCUUCUAACUUCUUCAUAUACGAACAAGUAUGUAACGUUCUCAAACAACGUUACAGCUGACACCUGAUAAGUGACAUCAGGGAUUACUGAUAAAGAAUGUAUUGUGUCGCAUUAUCAUCAUUUUAUUUCCAUAUAAAACUGUAAUUUUACAAGAAUUCAGAUUUGCUGUGUUGGGAGUCACUUUAAAAAAAUUAUGGUUGAUCGAUCAUCACAUUUUAUCAUGAAUGAAAAGGGAAAUAUUAACAAAAUCGUUAAUCAAAUGGGUGAAAAUGUGAUGUUUUAAAGUAUCUAGCAAAAAUUAUGCUUUAAAAUAUUGUUUUAAUGCAUUUGAAUGUAAAUUUAUCAGUAAUUUUGUAUAUCUGCUCCAAAUCUCAUUAACUCUAGAUCUUUGACAGUUUUCUUGUUACAGAAAUUCAUGAUUAAUUUGUCAUAGUCAAUUAAAACAACCACCUGUAUUAUCAUCAGUUAAGUUGGUUAAUCAGAACAAUACUACAAAGAGGACCCAUUGUCAUCAUUAGUAUUUUAUAAUUUGAUCUUCAAGAAGCAUUUCUCCUUAAUGUAGAGCAUUUAUCAUCAUGAGCCAGUGUAAAGUAUAUAAAAAUGCAAUAAAUAUUUGUUGGGUAGGUAUGGUUGGAAGAUAAUUAUGUCACCUGUGAAACGUGGCUGACACUUACUAUUAUGGAUUACAGUUUGAGUUUCAAUCCUGUGUCAAUUUUCUAAAUUUUUGCUGUCCAUUGCACAUGGGAAAUUAUCACAAUGAACUAUUUUCAGCCUUUUUUUUUUUUUUUUUGUGUGUUUGCCACAUUAAAUUAAAACUUAGUAUAUGGCUUAUUCAUAAUGCAUUGCAGAUCUAGUUUGAACCCUGUAAUAAUAUUCCAUAUCUUGCUGGAGUUAUGACCCUUUGCACAUAGGAAGUUCUCAUUGUUAAUUUUUUUGCAUAUUUUUUCCCAAAGAACUGUAUACUUGCCAUAUCAGUUUGUAACUUGUUAUGUGGCUCUAUCAUAAUGGAUUAAUAGUUAGAGCUGAUAUCCUAUGUCAAUAAUCUAUUUUAUUCUGGAGUUAUGACCUUUUGCACAUUGGAAAUUUUUAUAAUUAUCAUCUUUUUGCUACCAUUUGUCACAGCGAUAUUUAACUUUUGAUACAUUGCUUUGUUCGUGAAUGAGAGAUUACAGUUCUAGUUCACUCCUCAUGUCGGAUUCUACUGGAUUUAUGUCACACACCAUAGUAUCAUGGGUACCACCACAUCACCUCAGAUGUUGUAUGGACGAUAAGCUCCAACAACCAACCAGCUACAGAAAGCCUGAUGGUUUUCAUAUGGUGACCAGGAAGGUUCCAAGAUGACAACCUUUCAUUUAAAUGGACACAGGCAACACAUCCACUUCUGUGGGAUGUUGAAAAAGCUGACAAUCUUAAAAAACUUCUUGAAUUCUGUCUUUGGCCUUGAAUUUAAUUGGAAAAUGGAAAUAUGGCCAUAGUUUUAAAUCUUACAUUGUGUCAUUAAAAAAAAUGAAAAUUCAUUGUGAAGAAUGAUUGUUCAGAAUUAUAAAAAUAACCAAAUUGUUUGUCAAUAUGAACUGAAAUCCUCUUUUUUUGUAAGGUUAGGGUUAUUACUACACCAACUACAAUGUGUAAAAGGUCUGAACUAUAACUUGACAGGCCUCUAGGCCUUGGUAAGCCUGUGGAAUUGUUACAUUGCUAUCUCCUAACAAACCUUAAUUGUACUAUAUUUUGAUUAUAUGCUCGAAAUAUUAAAAUGGGAAACAAGACCAUCCCCAGGUACAUGCUGUGGUAAUCUGUCACCAUAAUUCCAUCAUCACUGUUGUAUUAUCCAGUCUAUUUGUCUUGGAUUUCAUUUCCUGAGGUUGAGUACCAUAUUUGACCUAUUCAGUGCACCUGUCUAUCUAUUUUUCUAUUUUUAACAUUAGGCAGGGUCAUUAUAUUACAAAGAUAUUUUUCUGGCAAAGAUGAUUGGUGAGCUAAAUUGAUCUGCCAAUACAUUCUGCAGUCCUUUUCAACCCAGACUUUACAUCAAAACUUACUGUGGUUUUUUUUUUCAUUACAACCACCUUUGGUUUUUGAACACAAAGAGUGUGCUUAUUGGGUGGGAAAUGGUAGUGUGUUAUGAAAAUUCCUGUAGUUGUUUUCAAGUUUGUGCAUGAAGACAAUUGUACAUUUUUGUUUAUAGAAUGCACAUAUUGGAAUUAGUUUGUGUAUGCAUCUGAAUCACAAUUAUCAUUGCAGCUACAUCUAUGUACAUUUUUGUAUAUGUACAGUAGAUCAGGAAAUGAAAAGCAUUUUGUCUACAUAACUCAGGGUAUGGAUGAUUUUGUGAAAAGUAAAUUGAAAUUUUGGAUUUUAAGGAGACCACAUCCGGAAUUUGUUGUUACUUGAAGUAUAUUACAUGUGUUAGUGAAUAUAAUACUCAAGUUUUAAUUUCAGAUUUUCAUUGAUUUAAAAGAGUUUAUGACCUAUUUUUAAAGGAAAUUGAACUGUUGUCAAACAUUAUUUGAAGAAUAUCAUUGCUUUGCCCAUUUGGGAUUUUGGUAUUGAGUGAAUCUCUAGAUAUAUACACGUCUGUAUAUUUGAUAUUUAUUUUUGAUUAGUUUUGGAGUUCAUGUGAUUAACUGGAUGCCAGAUUAACAUGUAGAUAAUAAAGUAUUGACAUUUUAAGUUACA